AUGGUAGAGGAUUUAUGUAGAGAUUUCAAUGCGGGUGUAAAAAGCUAUCUGUGGGAACCAGUAGAGAGGACCAAUGCAGAGAUUUCAAUGCAAAUGAGUAGUGAGAGCUUCACCGACGCUAGCAGAAGCGGGAGGAGGAAGCGCAGCAGCAGCGGCAGCAGCAACAACAGCAGACGACUUCUGCUUAGUGGAUGCGGCUGGGUUCCCUGUGACCAACUGAAUAUAGUCUCGCGCCUGCCCUACCUUCUCUACUUCUACUCUCUCGCCCAGGGGCUGAGAGGUGGUGUGAGGAACAUGGAUGAGUGUGGUCAUAAUUUCUGUCAUGACCUCUCAGUUUUAGGAACGGCUAAAUUUUUGGCAAGUAGUGAGGUCGUUUUUCCGCUGAAGCCAUUAAAAUUCAUGCAGGCGUUAUCGUACCAAAAGCAGCAGCCUGUAGGUGCAAAAACUAGCAGUAGUAGUAGUAGUAGUAGUAGUAGUAGUAGUAGUAGUAGUAGUAGAGCUGGUGCUGUUGCUGCUAGUGCAUCACGCGUCGGGCGACCGGUGAAGAAAGAUUUCGAAGGUUCCUUCUCGUCGUUUUUCCUGGCGUCGUCGUCGUCUUCGUCGUCGUCGUCGUCGUCGUCGUCGUCGUCGUCGUCCUCCUCCUCCUCCUCCUCCUCCUCCUCCUCCUCCUCCUCCUCCUUCUCUGGUGAUAUGCAGAGGAGGCCCCGAUAUGAGUUGCAAAUUACCGUUAUUAAUAUAAUUGCGGCUGCAAGCUGCGGUGACCGAUAUUAUGAACGAUUACUCGAUGAUUUGGUCGUUGUUUGGUCGCCGCCGCCGCCGCCGCUUCGGCUGCGGCUUUGUCGUGUCGCCGCUGUCCUAGGGACCAGGCGUUGA